AUGAGGAGGGAAUGGGGAGCGGGGAAUGGGGGGACAGGGAAUGGGGGAACAGGGAAUGAGGGAGCAGGGAAUGAGGGGACAGAGAACGGGGGAGCAGGGAAUGAGGGGACAGAAAAUGGGGGACAAGGGAAUGGGGGGACAGGGAAUGGGGGAACAGGGAAUGAGGGAGCAGGGAAUGAGGGGACAGAGAAUGGGGGAGCAGGGAAUGAGGGGUCAGGGAAUGGGGGACAAGGGAAUGGGGGAACAGGGAAUGGGGGAGCGGGGAAUGGGGGAACAGGGAAUGGGGGAGUGGGGAAUGGGGGAACAGGGAAUGGGGGAAUAGGAAAUGGGGGGGUAGGGAAUUGGGGGACAGGGAAUGGGGAGCGGGGAAUGGGGGAACAGGGAAUGGGGGAACAGGGAAUGGCGGGGCAGGGAAUCGGGGGACAGGGAAUGGGGGAUCGGGGAAUGGGGAAACAGGGAAUGGGGGAGCAGGGAACGAGGGGACAGGGAAUGGAGGAGCAGGGAAUGGGGGAGCGGGAAAUGGGGGAACAGGGUAUGGGGGAGCGGAGAACGGGGUGA